AUGAAGAGAAAUUCAGGCAUAGCCUGGGCUCCGCCUAUACUACUGCCGGUCUCGCUAAGCGAGAAUAGCAGUUCUUCCCAUUACUCAUUAUUGCGAACCCAUAUACUAAUCUUGUCUAAUAUUAAUUAUAUGCCUCAUAUAAGUAAACAUCGUUAUAGAUGCUUGGAGGAUAUUCCUGCCCAUAUAUUUUCAUUUCUGGUAAGUGAUUGGAAUCGAAAAUCGAAUCUUUUCAAGAUUUUUCUUAUAGACGACCAACCUGACUUUGAAUCAGUUUCUAAUUUCAGCAAAAAUAAUCAGCACUUGGCCGGCAUGAAAAAUUACUUUGGAGUCAGGAUUUGGGUUAUGGAUUUCGUUAGAUCUUGGUUAGAAUCGGACCCAUACGGAGGACUAACAUACCGAAGUUAUAUAGAAAAAAUUUUAUCCCUCAUGUUAAAUUGGGGAGAUAAAAAUAAUCGGACCCCGAAAUUAAAAUAUCGGACCUCCAAUGUUGAAGUUGGGGUAAAAGAAAAGAUUACUCACCAUAUUAAAUUGGGGUGA